AUAGCAAUAGUCACAAUAAAAAAACUCCCCUGUCGGGCAGGCUCGUCUGCCACAGAGCUGAUAAUAAUUAACCAUAAACGCGAUAAAAAUGGUGCUAAUCCUGUUAAUAAUGUGCUCAAAUAUGCCGGAGAAUAUCUAGUAGCGGUGGCCUUAACCUGCUCAACUGUAAACCCAGUGGGGCGGUGAAAAUGUUGCUCCGGCCUAUAAGUAUGAACUGAAUGGACGCCCACACGUGAUUGUCUUUGAAAAACCUGAAGAAUUUAUGUGCGGGUUGGCCUGGGAUCCGAUGGAAUAAUUUCCGGACUUAAAAUGAGACACUAUUUCAUGGGCAGAAUGACCGAGGGCAAGAACUUACCCCACUCCAGCGCGGAUGUCCCGUUCCGCAGCAAGGAGUUGCGCAAGCAAUCCCUAAUCCAGCACUCUGGCCUGGUCGGUGUGAUCGACGAGGGAACCAAAACUAUUGGCUUCUCGAUUUAUACUACUCCUGACUUCAAAGAGAUCGCCGCCCACCGGGUUGAGCUAAGUGUAAUCACACCGCAGGAUGGCUGGUACGAACAGGACCCACUUGAGAUGAUGGCCUCGAUCAACAAGUGCGCCGAGGAGGCCAUUAAGCAGCUGCCCGAGCAAGGAUUCUCCGCUGGCGACAUUGCCACGGUGGGCAUCACCAAUCAGCGAGAGACCACGAUUGUCUGGGACGCAGUGACCGGCAAGCCUCUAUACAAUGCUCUCCUGUGGAAGGACAUUCGCACCAGCACAACAGUGGAGCAGAUCUUGGCCAAGGUGCAGGACCCAAAUCACUUCCGAAGCAGCACGGGUCUGCCUAUUUCCACGUACUUCUCCGCUCUAAAGAUUCGAUGGCUGAGGGACAACGUUCCCGAAGUUCGUCAGGCCAUCCGAGAGAGACGCUGCAAGGCCGGAACCGUGGAUAGCUGGAUCGUCUGGAAUCUGACAAAUGGGGCUCUUCACAUCACGGACGUGACGAACGCCUCCCGCACUCUCCUAAUGAACCUGGAGACACAGAGCUGGGAUCCCGUGCUGCUGAAGACUUUUGGAAUCCGAGAGGAGAUGCUUCCCAGCAUCCACAGCUGCUCGGAAGUCUUCGGCAAGAUCACUUCAGAGCGGAGUCCUCUCCGUGGGAUGACACUCAGUGGAAUUAUGGGCAACCAGCAGGCCUCUCUCCUGGGGCAGAUGUGCGUGAAGCCGGGUCAGACCAAGAAUACUUACCGCUCUGGAUGUUUUCUGUUGUGCAAUACGGGUGAUAAGCCCGUAUUUUCCCGUCACGGUCUCCUCACAACAGUGGCCUACAAGCUAGGCCCCCAAGCGCCCACGAUUUAUGCCAUUGAAGGAGCUGUUUCGGUAGCCGGACACGCGCUCUCAUGGCUUCAGACCAAAGUGCGCAUCCUGCCCGACUCCAAGGACGCCGAAAAAUACGCAGAGGUGGUGCCCACAUCGGGAGAUGUGUACUUCGUGCCAGCCUUUACGGGUUUGUAUGCACCAUAUUGGAAGCAGAACGCCCGUGGCAUCAUAAUCGGUCUGACCCAGUUCACGCGAAAGAAUCACAUCGUAAGAGCGGCACUAGAGAGCAUCUGCUUCCAGACCCGCGACAUCCUGGAGUGCAUGCACCAGGAGUGUGGCUACGAGAUCAACAAACUCCACGCCGAUGGAAAGCUGACGACAAACAAUCUUCUCAUGCAGCUCCAGGCCGACACCAUUGGAUUGCCCGUAUUCCGCUCCCAGCUGAUGGACUCUACGGCUUUCGGAGCCGCCAUGUGCGCGGCACAGGCGGACGGCGUGAAUCUGUGCCAGUUUGAGCCGGAGAAGCGAUAUUACGAGAACGUGCACUACGACACUUUUCUGGCCACCACCACUGAGGUGGAGCGAAAGGAGCGCUACGGCAAGUGGAAGAGGGCCGUGGAACGCAGCUUAGGAUGGGUCAUCAAGCAGAAGAAGACGAAGGAGCACACGGAGGAGAACUACAGGAUGCUCUCCUCCCUCCCAGCAAGCAUCUUCCUCAUUAGCAGCUUCGCCAUGCUGGUGCAUUCUCUCUCGGCCGCCGGACAGUAGACUGGUUCGGAGGAUCCCCCCGCAUCGUUUCUCGGUUGUGAUAGUAGUUUUGUUUUGUUAUUUCCGGAUUUGCCCUGGCAAAAGUCCCACGAGGACUACUUGGGAUGGUUGGACGUGCUUUAAGCCCUGUAAAUAUUUUAACCCAAUGAGCGGAGAGCUCCUCCUAUAAAUUAAUCUAUCUUAUCGUUCUUCGUUGCAUAUUUCCUUACUUCUUAGCCGUAGGUCCAUUGACGAUAGGUUCCAUGACCAAACGAUCUACGCACGGCCAUAUCAGCGAAUUGUAUAUAGCCAAAGUGCAAACAACAUUUCUAAUUUAAGUAGGCCCCCGUACUUGUACUCUAUGUGUAUGUGUAGCGAUUACGCCCCUAAAAACAAUAAACCAGAAAUAAUACGAAUCGA